UUCAGGUGUCCUGGUUCAGGUGCGUUCCAGUGUGCUUCGACUGGCCUGGUGUUCGUCAUGGCUCAGGAGGCGGAGCUUCUGUACAGGACGGUCCCUUGGGAUGAGAGUCUCCUCCAAUCAGCUGGCAAGCAGGCAGCAGGGCCGCUGUUCGACGUGAAGAGUUCUGAUGAAGCUGCCCUCUGCCAGCUCCGUCUGCCACACAGUGAGACAGAGGAUGCGCUGCUCCUGGACGGCCUGUUGUCUGUCGUCCACAUCACUGAGGAAGGCCUGAGCAUCCUGGAGCCGCUGGAGGUCACACACACCCACGUGGUGGUGAAUGUGCCUCACCUCUCUCUCCUCGGCAUUAUCUUCGAUCCAUUGAAAAGGCUUCUAAGGUGGCGAAUAAAUGGCCAAAUUCUGGUGUUCCUACGACCCCCGGGCCGAGAGGAACAAAUACUGGAUGUACAUCUUCUGCAGAACAACGUCCUUGUGGAGGAGGUUGCUGAAAAACACAGAGGUGCUGUGCACAUCACACUCUCCUCCGACUGUGAGCUGGACAUUCAUCACAGUUACAGUGUGCACUGUGAACCUGAGGACUGUGAUAUGGUGUAUAUCACACACCCUAAGAGUAAAAAAUUUGAAUCCAGGUUUGGACCAAAUUACCAUCCGACAUUUCUAGUUUACCUGACGACGAGCACAGAGAAAGUGGUGUUGAAGGUCAAGGACCAAGAUGGAAACGUCGUCUGGUAUUGUCCCGUGUCACUGGAAGAUCCAAGGAAGGAAUUGUCCCAAAGAAAUGUCCCAGCAGAGAGCAGAGUCCCAUCAGAGAGCAGAGUCCCAUCAGAGAGCAGAGCCCCAGCAGACCAGUGGCUGCUCUCAGUUCGGACUGAGUUCAUUCAAAGAGUGUCUCCACCUGUCCUAAAGGACCUUCUGGAUAAACUCCUUGAGUCUAGAGUUAUCAUUGAAUCUGAAAUGGAGUCAGCCAGAACCAAAUCUCGAAAUGACGGAGCACUUGAGGUGCUGGACGUGGUUCGAAAAAAAGGAGCUGCAGCCAGCAGGGUUCUGAUCAAUGCUCUCAAAGAGCUGGACCCGUAUCUUUACAGAACGCUCAACUCGAGCUGAAGGAAAAACCUCGUGGAGUGUGUGACAGUUGAAGUCCUGUCCUCUGUUUUGUUACCUGUACAUUUUCCCCCUUGUCCUUGAAGGUAACACAGAUUCUGAGCGAAGGCCACUUCCCUUCUCUCUUUUCUCCUGGACUCCCUCCUGAGAGCAGCUUUUCUUUCAAGUACAUGUUUACUUUAUUACAUAAAAUACUUUAAUUUACCAGCAUCCAUUGCAUCCUUUCACAUUUGUGUCAGGCAUAGGAGCCGGAUUAUGAGAAACAUAAGGGCUUGUUCUUAUUUUACCAAUUGGUACUGACUUCUGGGUAAGAUUUGGGAUUUUGGGGCAUUUGGUACCAAGGCGUGCGAUUUGGAGUUUUAUUUGUUUUGUAUUAUCAAACUGUAAAAACCUGUACCUGUUUGUGCUGGUGAUGUAAAUAUAAUAUACUUAGGUAGUGUAUUAAACCCAGUGGUGUUCAGUAACAAAGUACAAUUCUGAAGUACUUUACUUGAGUAUCUAAAUGUUUUGCUACUUUGUUCUUCUUCUCCACUUCAGUUCAGAGGUAAAUGGUGUACUUUUCUUCCACUACAUGUAUUUAAUACCUUUAGUUACUUCACAGAUCAGGAUGAAUGAUGUGAAAUCUAACCAAGUGUUGAAUCAGACUUUAG